AACAGUAUUCCUUCAUCUCCAAUAAGAGACGCUUCUGAUACGUAACAUAAUUUUUCACGUUUUUUAAUUUGAAAUUAAAUCUAUAAAUUUGGUACAUUUUCUUUUUUUUUUUUUUUUUAAGCAAAUUUAAAUUGAAUCAGUGAUUGGUGAUUUUGAAAAUAUUUUUUUUAGUUAUUGUGACUGUUUAUGAAUAAAAAAAAAAAAUAAAAAAAACAAUAGUAGUAAAUAAAUAAAAUGAUAAUAUUGAUUGAGACGAAAUAUGUCUCGUGGUCAUUCAAGUCGCAACGCGAACCGGUUGCACACUCUUAAAAUAGUUUCUCCGGCGUAGGUAACUGGCUUAUAUGAGAAGCGAUUCAAUUUAAACAUUUAUAUUAUACGUUAACAUUAAGGACACGAUGACGUGGUCUCAGAAUUUUAUUCUGAUGGGAACUACGACGAUUAUUAUUAUUAUUGGUAUGACUGUUGUAAGUUUUACAGCAGCAUGCAACGAGGCCAUUUGUGCAAGUGUCGUGAGCAAAUGUAUGCUUACACAGAGUUGCAAGUGUGACCUCGUCACCUGCACUUGCUGUAAGGAAUGCUUUUCAUGUUUAUCUUACCUCUAUGAUGAGUGUUGCUCCUGUGUUGAUUUAUGUCCAAAGCCAAAUAUAACUGACAAUCCUUUGAGCAAAAAAUCACAUGUCGAAGAUUUUGCUGAACCUGUACCAGGACUUUUUCAGGCAUUGACGGCUGAACCUGACCCACUUGAGAGAUGGAUUACGUUUACGUAUCCAGUUGAUUUUGACGUCUCAUUAUUUCAGCCUAAAUCUGAAAAAGAGAUUAAUUAUCAAAUGCAAACUGUCGAAGAAGAAGUUCAUCACCCAUUGAAGCCAAAUGUCAUGACUGUAAAUUGUACAGUAGCAUAUAUGGCCCAAUGCAAUUCAUGGAAUAAAUGUCAGGCAUCAUGUCAGAGUAUGGGAGCGACGAGUUACAGAUGGUUCCAUGACGGCUGUUGUGAAUGCAUAGGUGACACUUGUAUUAAUUACGGAAUCAAUGAAUCGCGAUGUCUUCAUUGUCCGGCUGAUAAAGAAGAAGGCGAUGAUCUAAAAGAUCAAUACGAUGAUUAUGGCCAAGAUGAUGAAGAUCUUAUUGAUGAUCUUGAUUAGAUUUAAUAUUUUAAUUCGAUAAAUCAAAUUAUUAUUAUUCUAGUUUCGUGAAAUUGUGUCGUAUUUUAUGACCUACAAUUUCAUACACAUAUAUACAUAUAUUAAUGGAUUAUUACCAUCUUUUACCCAGUGAAAAUAAGAUCGUCUACUAAUUUUAUAUUUAUCUUUUUUUAAUUUUCAUUCAUCAAAAUUAAAUUAAUUACGUAGAGUUUAAUUAAAAUUUAUGAGAAUAAAUUAUUAUACUACUUUAUAAUUUUAAAUAUAUUUUUAUAAGUUAAAAGUAUGAAACAAAAAAAAGUUUAAUCUUUUUUUACUCGGACAAAAAGCUGCCCUGAUUAAACAACUGAAUUCGACCGAAUUAAAAAUUUCAAUUCUGUUAUAUUCUGUUAAAUUCGGUACGACAGAAUUUAAAAGAAUUCAAAGACUAUUUUCGAAUUAAUCAGAAUAAAAACGAUUUAAAAUUUUUGAAUUGGUUUCAAUUCGGUUUAAUUCGGAGUCAGAACCAGAAAUUCGAGGAUUAUUUUCGAAUUAAACAGAAUAGAAUUAUUUAAAUUCGUUUCAAUUUGGAUAAAUUCUGGUUUUCCUGCCGAAUUAGACAGAAUUAUUUUUCAAGUUAGGUACCAAAUUAACAGAAUUUUUCUGAAUUAUAUGGAAUUAAAAAUUUAAUUCUGUUUAAUUCGAUCGAAUUCAGUUGUUUAAUCAGAGUGCACUG